AUGAUGGAAACCAAAUUAUUAUAACAACCUAUAUCUAUACUUUCCCAACUGUCAAUAUUGAGUUUUCAAGCAAUCCUUUUUUAAAGUCUCAAGCAUUCGAUUUAACUUAUGAUAUCUAAUUAUGGCAUUAUAUUCAUUAAGAAAUUAGUUAAUUAAAUUUAAGUUUCAAUUAUUUUUUUUAAAGGUUUUGGUAAAGAAGAAUUAAAUAUUAACUUAGAUGUAGCCUAGUUUAAUUAAGUGUAAUUUAAGUUAUCAUAUGGAAACAUAUUCUAAUCUAAAUCAAAUUACUUAACUAUAUAAAUAGUUGGGUUACAAUUUUUGAAUUGUCCAGAUAAUAAUUAACCAUAGAUAAUUUGCCACUUAACUUGCCUGGAAUGUGAUGGUCCAACAAAAGAUGAUUGUCUAUCAUGUUCUAAAGAUUAAAAUAGAAGAUAUUUGCCAAAUUUUAAAUAAUGUAUUUGUGAAUAAGGAACAAUUGAUUUGAAUAAUGAAUGUGUUUAUUACGAAGUUUUUAAACUUAAAUUAGCCCAAGAAAAACCAUUUAAGGAAGAAUGCAAAUACGGUUUUUUUGAAUCUGAAGGUAAUUGCUUUAAAUGGUAAUUUUUCUAACUAUUUUAGCCCAUCAAUAAUUAAUGAAAAUGUUAUAAGUUGUUUGGAAUGUAUAUAGAAUCCUAAAAUAUGGGCUCAAACCCUUAUUUGUUAAACAACAUUAUAUACUGAUGAGGAUGGAAAUGUAUCAUAAUAGUUGAAGGAUUUGGAAUAAUAAUAUGUUUUGGUAGGAAGUGAUUUACACUAUUGCCCUGAUUGCACAACAUUAAGUUCUACUUAUGAUUUAGUUGAAAAAUAGAAUAGCUUAAAAAUUUUUGUCGAACCUCUCAAUCAAUAAAUACUAAUUGCUACUAAUGUGGAGAAGAAUGUUAUGAAUGUGAAAUUUUACCAACACAUUUAAAUUGUUUAACUAAAUAAGAUACACACGAAAACAGAAAUCAACCUUGUGA